ACUGCAACCAAAAGAAAACAAGGAAAGCGGAGUAAAUCAUAACAAAUAACAUUACGAAAAUUGCAAUGCACGAUAUAUUUCCCUCUCUGGAUGUCCUCUUUCUUGGAUUACCAGGGCACUAUACGUUAGCAUUGGUAACCUUGCUCUUGUGCGUUUUAAUUGCCCUUUAUUUCGCCAACUUCUUCAAGGACAAAACCGAACUGGAGGACGAAGGCCUGGGAGCUGACGAGCCACGCGAUGAGGAGGAUUCAGAGUCGAGAACUCCCCAGGGUGAAGAGACCGACGACGACGAGGCAUACGAAGAGAACUCCACUGAAAGCGAAGUAGAGUUCAUCGAGGAACAGCUACCCGGCCACAACUAUAACCACCUGAUGGGCCAGCUCAAGGCCAAGAGACUCCAAAACAAGAUGGAGAAGACCCUGACUCCAAGUCAGAUCGAGGAGGAACGACGAAUUGAGCGGGAGCAGCUGGCAGCCAUAUUCGACCUCCUACGCAAACAGGAGGCGGAACUGAAUCUCCAGGAUCGUAUUAGCGAUCAGGAUCUCAAGCAGCAGGUGCGGCUCUACCGUUGAAGUGGCGGAUAAUGAAAGCUUAGGUAACCUGAAAGCAGAAACUCGUGUGAUCUAUAAGUUAAAUAUUUUAAAUGUCCCCGAUUUGCUGUUACCAUAUACCGCUCACUUAAAUUGUUUAGGACCAUCUUUAUCAGCUUAUAAUGUAGUAUUUGAUGGGUUAAGAUUCAUUUUCUGAAAUAGGUUAAUUAACAAACUAUAACAAAUCCAUGAGUUUCUCAUGUAAUUUAGUAGUUAAUUAAAUCUAAAAAGUGAGGGUUAUAUGCAUUUUAUAAUCUUAAAAUGAAUUCAUUGAGUGUAACACUGAAAAACAAAGAAUGUAAGUUCACAAUCUAAUGUGUGUUAACUAUACACUUCUUUUUCCAAUCUAAGCGCAUUAUAUUGCUAGCAUUACUAGAAUUUUCGUAUACUUAGUUGCCAAAUCCGUUAGUUAGUUUUAAAUUGUACUUAGCUUUAGUUUCUAAACUGAAAGUAUUUGUUGAAUAAAGAAUGUAACUCUGUGUUAAAA